AUGCUUGAGGAGUUGCAAGCUGACCCGGACUCAAAACAACAUUAUGGGGAGAUAUCGGUGAUUGAGAAAGAUUUUGGUCAAAAGGUCAACCAGGAUGUUGAAAGCAGACAUGGCUUUGCCGCACAAGCGUCUCGAAGAAAGCUUAUGGCUCAGGCGAGAAAUUGGUUAUUGAGUGCUACUCUACGCCCAACACACAGUUGGGUAUACUGGAGAGAUGCUGAUGUGGAAACCGCCCCUUUCACUAUCUUGGAGGAUCUAAUGAGACACAACAAGGAUGUUAUUGUACCGAGUGAGUUUAUCCUAUACGUUUGGAGGCCACUUCCCGAUUGGCUUGGUGGUGAACAACCCUACGACUUGAACUCAUGGAAGGAAUCAGAAACCGCUCUUGCCCUGGCGGAAACCCUAGAUGAGGACGCUGUCAUCGUGGAAGGCUAUGCGGAGUAUGCCACUUGGCGUCCGCACCUGGCAUAUCUCAGAGAUCCCUAUGGGGAUCCGGAUACGGAAAUGGAAAUCGAUGGCGUGGGCGGCGUGAGCAUCCUAGCCAAGGCUAGGGUAUUCCGCUCCGGCGUCCAUUUCCCGGCAUUUAGCUUUGAGAAGCAUGCAGAGACAGAGGCUUUCGGAAAGAUGGCUAAGCGUAUGAAAUUUUCCGUCGUCGGCCUACCCCACUAUACCAUUUGGCAUCUCUACGAACCCAGCCUGGACGACAUUAGACACAUGGAGGAGAUGGAGGAGGAGCGCAAGGCGCGCGAAGAGGAAGAGAAGAAGAAGGCUGAGCUAAAACAGCUUAUGAAAGAGGAAUUCAAGGAUACAAAGGAUGAAUGGGAGAAAGAUGGGAAGGCUAUCCAAAAUAUCUUGAAACAGGAUGAAUUGGCAAAGAAGGGCGAGAAGAAAACAACCAAAAAUGAGGACGUCAAGAAAAGGAGUAAUUCUGGGGUUGAGGAUGUGGACAAGCGACAACAACAAUAG